AUGACAACGACGCGGGUGAGCAUUUUGUCUCGGCUGGCUGCUUCGAGGCCCCUGCUAACAGCGACAGAUCCGGGUGCGACGGGAUAUGAAGAACCUCCAGAGACGCCUGCUCCAGUGUUCGCAGUGCGCGCCUUUAAGCACGCGAUAUUUGGCACACCAGCAACGCAAGCCAAACCUCGACGGCAUUCGAACACCGAGACUCUACGGCCGCGUCACAAUGGACGACCGGCGAUGCCACGCCCGAAGAGCGCGAACGAUACACAGACACUGGGACGGCUAGACAAUGCGAUUGAUGAGGAGCCAAUACCUUCCUCCCCGCUACCUUCACCUACCAAGGGCAUUCUGCUGACACCGGGUACCGGAACCACUCGCCGAAAGACCGUCUCCUUCGGUCUCAAUGUUGUUGACAACGAGCAAAAGCGACCUAUGAGAAGUGGUCUGCCCGACGAUUGCCCUGGAAAGUUUCCCAGCCCUUGGUCCAAGCCGACAGCGGAACCCGAUAGCAGCGAUGAGCCUGUAGAGAAGCCGAGAGGAAGGAGUAAGCUCACGGAGGCAUUUGAGCAAGUACGUGAGGAGUCUGCGAGACGCAAGCCGAGGUCGAGCCGGCAGCGGAAAGAGAAGGAGGAAUUGGAUACUACGAUGGACAUGACCGAGCCAGUGUCAGAGUCCGGCAGGUAUUGGAAACACGAGUACGACAUCUACAGAGAGCGAACGACACGAGAGGUCAAGAAGCUCGUGGAGAAACAACGAUCGGCCAAAAGAUAUGCGAGCGAGAAGGAUGCUGAAUGUCAACAAGUAAGAGAUGAACUUCGGCGGGAGCGAAAGAGGGCGGACAGACUGGAGAAGCGAGCAGCGGAACUGGAAGCUCAGUUGAAGGAAUUACAAGGCCAGAUACAAACCAGCGAGAAUGGAAGUCGCGCUGCAAAGACCGAAAGCCCACCACAUGGUAGUGCGAUCAGCUUAGCCUCGUCACAACAAGUUGAGAAAGCGGAAAAGCCGGAACGGAACUCUUGGAGGGAGAGCCUUGUUCAGUUAUCUCGUCGGGACAUGAAGACCGAGAAUACGAAGAACACGGAGCCCAUGAAGCAGAGGGAUCAGCCCGAGUCUGAUCAGAACCGCAUCACCACUGCAGAGCAAAGACCAAGGCCAAGGCGGAUCCACACAAAGUUGAAAGACGAUCUUUGGGCACCUUCGUCAAGUCUCCAGGCCCCUGCCCAAGUCGUGCCGAACCCUCCAUCACCCAAGGCCAAUCGUGCAGUGACUGGGACCAACACUGCUCCCCUGCAAUCACUCAGUGUCAACACCAUCGCGCAGAAUGAAGAAUCUGUGGCAUUGGCAAUGUCAAUGGGGAUGCAACCACCAUCGCCGCAACGAGAGAGCCGACACGACUCGCCGAUUCGAUCGCCGGUCUUACCUCCAGCAAGCCCAGAGCCUCCAGCAAGCCCAGAGCCUCCAGCAAGAAGCACACCCAGGCCAUCCUCUUGGUCGAGGAAAAACUCGAAGUCUGACGACCUGUCCACUCUGGUACCAGAAUCGAGCCCGUUUCAGCCAGAGGCAGUAUCAGAACGCCCAAACAUCCUCACUGGACAGCCGGUGCCCAUUAAGCCCACUCUACGACCUACACCGAAAGCGCCGGACGUCAAAGAGAACGUCUCGCCCACGGGAAGGUCGCAACCGCUCAGGAACGAGGAGAAUAUGAAGCCUUCAGCUGCUUGGAAUGCAAUGAGCAAUGUUGCCGCAGAACGAAGGCUGGUCAGCAAAGGAAAAGAGAUCGAAGCCGAUCGUUUGGCGAAAGCAAAAGCGCGGUUACAGGAGCGAGGGAGGCAAGUCUCAUAG